AUGAAAGGCGGCAAUCAAAUGGUUAGUAUUAAGAGAGGAGUGAAAACUCCAACUAUUGAUUGGAAGCCUAUUAAAUCAGGUAAUACAUCCUUAAAGAAGACAGAAAGCGAUUCCAAGUCUCCUUUUGCUAGGAAAAUCUUCUUUGGGCUUAUGGUGGCUAUGCCAAUAGUAUCUUUUGGAUUGGGGUGUUGGCAAGUGAAAAGAUUACAAUGGAAGACUACGUUAAUUGCUAAUGCUGAAAGAGAAUUGGCGUUAGAGCCAUUGGAAAGACUUCCUCCUAAUUUAGAUCCAAAUGCAGUGAAAGACUUUGAGUAUCGUCGUUUCAAGUGUCGCGGUCAUUUUGAUUAUAGUCAAGAAAUGUUCUUGGGUCCUCGGAUGAAGGAUGGAAUGCUCGGAUAUUUGGUUAUUGUUCCAUUUAUUAGAGCUGAUGGGGGGAAACCUAUUCUUGUAGAGAGAGGUUGGAUAAGUAAAGAUAAAGUGGUUCCUUCUACACGUAAGGGUGGAUAUUUGGAGCAUUUGGCUUUACCAGAAGGGGAAAUCGAAAUUGUGGCAUUAUUCCGUAACAUGCCUGCUAAAUCGUCAUUACAAUAUGACCAUGUUAAUGGUGAUAGGCUCUUCCAUGUACCAGAUGUUGAAGCCAUGUCGAAGCAAUCAGGGGCUUUACCAGUGUACUCACAGAUGAUCUAUGAUUUGAGUGAUCACGUUGAAUGGCGUAAGGAUGUUCAAAAGGAAUCGGAUAAAAGUAAACUGUUGAUGGGGUUACUUUUCCAUGGCAAGGAAGGCAAACGCUCAGAAAAUGUUGAGGACGCCUUAUUUGUAGCACAUGAAGCUGCAAAGGAUCAGACAUUAAGAUAUCAAGAAUUCGAGUUCAUUGAACAGGGUGUGCCUAUUGCUGCAACUCCAAAGGUUAAAUUCACAAAUAACCAUUUACAAUACUUGGUUACCUGGUUUGGACUUGCCUUCUGUUCUGCAGGGUUGUUAGCGUACAACAUAAUCAGCAGAAGAAGAUACAAUAGUGCUGAAAAAAUCAUUGCUGCAAAGCGUAAAGAUAUGGGCAAGAAAUGGUAG